AUGCAGGAAUACCAAGUUGGAAACUUUUCUCACACAACAUUUUUUUUAAUUGGGUUUUCACCACUUAACGAACACAGAUGGCUGCUUUUUUUCCCUUUCUUCCUGAUGUUUGCCUUGUCUGUUGUGGCCAAUUCAAUUUUGAUAUUUGUUGUUAAGACACAAAGGAGUUUACACUCUCCGAUGUGUGUUUUAAUAGGUGUCACAUCCGUUGUCAACCUGUUUCUGACCAUGUCUUUCAUGCCAAGAAUGUUGAUAAGCUUUUUAUUUAACUGGAAUGGUAUUUCUCUGUUGGAGUGUCUGGUCCAAAUGUUUUUUAUUAACUUCACUGGUUCAUUCCAGUCAUCCAUUCUCCUCCUGAUGGCUGUAGAUCGCUGUGUCGCCGUAUGCUUUCCACUGCACUAUAGUGAUUAUAUAAACACUUCUAAUUGCCUGAAAUUUUUUUGUGCAUCUUUUAUCAGAAGUGCUUUUUCCUUUGUGGUUAUUUCUUUCCUUGAUGGCAAUCUCUCUUACUGUAACUCAAAUGUCAUGGAUCGUUGCUUCUGUGAGCAUAUGGCCAUGAUGGGACUGGCCUGUGGAGACACUACAAUCAAUGGCAUUGUAGGACUGUUAAUAAUUAUUUUUCUAACAAUUUUUGACUGGAUUUUAGUUGUUGUAUCUUAUGUCAAAAUCUUUGCUUCUGUUUUUUUAAAAGACUCUGGGAAGUCAUCCCGUAAAGCAAUCCAUACCUGCACUACCCACUUAAUAGUCUUGUGCUCAUCUUACAUGUAUUAUAUAUUAGCUACUAUUUCAUAUCUGAUUGGCAAUGCAAUGCCUCCUAAUAUCCGUGCCUUCUUGAGUUUAAUGUAUCUAGUUUUUCCCAGCUGUUUUCAUCCAAUUAUUUAUGGCUUCAGGACAAAGGAGAUAUGGAAACAUAUAAUAAAAAUACCCAAAAAUAUGAAGGUCACUCCAUUCUCGGUUAAAGUGUCAAGUGUAACUCGAAAAUAA